CGACCUUGAGGAGAAAGACCUCUACGUAAAUUAGCGGAACGAUGCACGUGAGUGUUUCAGUCAGAGGUCUGAGAAGAUGUAAUUUAUCGUUUCUCUUCGCGGUUCAAAGUGGAGUUAAUAAACGCGUAGUUUAUAAAGAACAACCCCACCAUUUCUCUCGUACCGUUAACGAAUCUCUGAAUCUUCUCCUCCGCUCUCCACGCUGUCGACAGAGCAGCGCGACUAUGGCGCAGGCAGCCAGCGAUCCCGGAGCACCGGCGGAGCUCGACAGCCCGGUGUCCGCGCAGGCAGUCGCCGCUAUUGAGGCCGCAGAAACCGGCAAACGCAAAAGCGACGAGCGGUGCGAACCCGAGGCGAGUGGCCAAGGGAAGAGGCGGAGAGGAGCGGGAGGGAAGAAGCUCCGUCCGGGCGAAAGGUACAUCCCUCCUCCCCAGAAACGGAACCCCGGCGUCAGCUUCAGUCAGGAGCAUUACGCCGAGACCUCCUACUACUUCGAAGGUGGCCUCCGCAAAGUUCGUCCCUAUUACUUCGACUUCAAAACCUACUGCAAAGGCCGGUGGAUCGGGAAGAGUCUGCUGGAGGUGUUCGACAGCGAGUUCAGAGCCGAGUCUGUGGAGUACUACCAGCGGGCUGCCAAAGAGGGUCGCAUCCGGCUCAACGAGAGCCCUGUGGAGGACCUGUCUGUGGUGCUCAGGAAUAACGACCACUUGAGAAACACCGUCCACCGCCAUGAGCCGCCUGUGGUCGGAAGGCCCCUGGAGGUUCUGGUUGAUGACGGUGAAGUGCUGGUGGUUGACAAGCCUGCUUCCAUCCCGGUCCACCCCUGUGGCCGUUUUCGCCACAACACCGUGAUUUUCAUCCUGGGGAAAGAACGGGGCUUCUCCGAGCUUCACACUGUCCACAGACUGGACAGACUCACCUCUGGAGUGCUGCUGUUUGCCAGAACAUUGGAGACGUCAAAGAAGCUGGACAAGUUGGUGAGAGAUAGACAGCUUGAAAAGGAGUACGUGUGCCGAGUGGAGGGGGAGUUUCCAGAGGGCGAAGUGAUCUGUGAGGAGCCCAUCCUGGUCGUUUCCUUUAAAAUUGGCAUCUGUCGGGUUGACCCCAAGGGAAAGGAGUGCCGAACUGUCUUUCAGAGGCUUAGCUUUAAUGGAAAAACCAGCGUUGUCCGCUGUUUACCCCUUACCGGCCGCACACACCAGAUCAGGGUCCACCUCCAGUACCUGGGCUUCCCCAUCCUCCAUGACCCCAUCUAUGGAUCCUCAGCAUGGGGUCCUCACAGGGGGAAGGGGGGAGUGAUGGGGAAGAGCAAUGAGGAGCUGCUGCAGGCUCUUGUAGAGGAGCAUCGAUCUCAGGAAAGUCUACACCUUUUAGACAUACCAGAUGACGGCAUUGGACAAGAGAAAAACAAGAAGAUGGACAAGUCAGACAGCCCGUCUGAACCUGACCAGAGUGGAGAAAGUCAUGAGACACAGGCGACGACGGGUUGUAGCUCAACAGGUGCAACCAUACACGAGGAGAGUCAGAGCUUCACAGACUCUAACAGUAACAGCACCUCACUCCAAGAAUCCCAGAGCCAUAUACCGAUCGAAUCAAAUGGAAAUCAAACGGAGGCGACUGACUGUGCCAAGAAAUCUCCUCCAGGGACUAGAGACCACUUGUGUAGUGAGUGUAAGCUGGACAGAGCAGACCCGACGGAGAAGGAGCUCAUCAUGUAUCUGCAUGCGUUGCGCUACAAAGGACCUGAUUUUGAAUAUUCCACACAUUUACCCGACUGGGGAAAAGAAGACUGGGUUGAAGCUGAAUAGCGCCGACCUGAUGAACACUGCUGAUGACUUUAGGUUUCUUCAACACUUCUUUUGAAAAUCUUCGUCAUUUCUCUGACACUGGUAUAAAAUGCCUCAAAAUCAAUUUUUGCAUAUCCACUAGAAUUGAACCUUUAGAAAUGUUUUUCUUUGGCUACAACCCAUUUAUGACAUAGCACAAAUGGAAAAUGUAAUCAUUUCUUUCUCAUGUUGCGGUUUUAAUGUGAAGAAUAUAGUUUUAAUUUAAUUUUAUCAUUUUUUAGGCUCGUAAUCUGUCCGGUACUUGAAAAUCAAUAUUGAAACAAAUUAAAAAGCCAGUCUGCAGGAAAAAA